AUGCAUAGUCGCCGCCCCAAUCCUAAGGAGUUCAUCAAGACACCACGUCUUCAUCGGAGCAUCAUCAAAGACGUUGAUGCUGCUGCUGCUGAUGUUAUCAAACUAAAUCCGAAUACGGCUAAGCCGAGAGCAAAGGCAAAGGCCAAGGGCAAGGCGAAGGCCAGAGGCAAGGCGAAGGUUAAAGCCAAAGCUGAAGGCAAGCGAGCAGGGAAAACUGUGGUGACUUUGGAAACGUUAGAGACCGACAUCUCCCUCGGCAACAUUGGUGGUGACAGUUCGAGUGAUGAUGAGUCGUCCUUACAUGGCAAGAAGCGUGACAGAGGCUCUGACAGUAGCACCCUCGCUGAGACUAUGCCCACUCCGAAGCGAGUUAUGAGGGUUCCCCGUUUGGUCAUCCGAAGUGCACUGCAAGUUUUGGGCCCGGCGGAGUUCCUUGAUACACAGAGUAUUUGCCGUCUAGCUGCGACUUGUCGGUUAUUCCGUGAGAUGUUCUAUCCUGUAUGUGGCUCGAUCCGUCUACCAGUUUUGGAUCUCUCGGGCACUGUGCGGGAGUCGCUGCUGCGAGUUGUUGGUCGGCUGGAUGUGAAGGCGUUGAAAGUAUUGCGUGUCGCUGUGGAUGCCGAUGGUCAUCGCCGGGCUCUAUCGGCGUUAUUGGAUAAGCACAAGUUCUUGCCUGAGCUGAGGCAUCUCACACUCGAGUGCUACAAUUCUCAAGUGAGCGAUGCCAAGAUUUCCCUCGUCAUGGACCGCCUGACUGAGGCCUCGACGUCGAAGCUUUGUAGCCUUACUCUGGUGAACGUGUGUUGCGGUCCGGACUCGAGGGAAGCCGUGGUCGACCUGAUAAACUCGGCCACAGGUCUCCGUUCGCUGUGGUUAGCGGAGCGGAGUCCAUUGCCGAACCGACUAGCCUUCCCCCCUUCACUGGAGUUCCUCACCGUCACAUCAAGGAGCUCCUCUUUAACUAUGGAUGUAAAACCUCUCAUACGUUUUCUGCGGAAGAGUAACCUCCAGAGGAUCACCCGAUUCGAUCUCAGUGGUGUGAAGGUCACUGGGAUAGAUGCUCUCUCUAAAGAGAGAGUUGAGGGUUUAUGGAAUCUUCCCAACUACAUGCCCAAGUUGAUAUUCUUCGCCGUUCGUAUACCGUUCUGCCCGCUGGGACUUCGUAGUCUCAUAGAGCUACGUUUAGCUCAUCCGCGGUCUUUGUUUCUGUUCCGACGUGCUCUAUCUGAAUGGCAGUCUCCUGGAUUGGUUAUCUCCCAUCCCUCCGUGCGUCAAGGCCUUGUAGACUCGCCCUUCGCUAGAGCCUCCUCGACGUCAGAUCAGAUGCUUUGUUCUGCGAGGAAUCUGUAUCGCUUUGUUGGUUCGGCUCCUGGGCCCGAUGUUUUGUAUGAGAGUGAGUUCAACAGUACUUGGCAGGAGUUGUCGGAUCCGUUGAAACGACAGUAUAUUAUUUUAAGCAGGCUUUGGACAGCUGCUUGGAAGGAUUCAGAUUUAUCCUCCCAUUAG